GUAUAUUUCAUACAGCAGUUCCUCGAAUUUAUUUAUUUUUCUUAAUAUUAGGAUGUUUUAUGUUGCAGAGAGAUGUUUCACAAUUAAAGAAAUACUGGUCUAACUUGAAACAACAAAACAAGAACAUUUUAACAGCUGAAAGACAAGCAAGAUUUCUUACUGGUGGAGGGCCACAAAAAAAUGUUGGUGAAGUCGAUUCAAAUGUGUUAGACAUAAUACCUAGCCUUUUGACUACAGCACCAACAAUGUCUUCGAGUAAUUUUACAAGGAAUGAGUCUACAGAUAAUAUAUUGAUCGAGGUAGACGAGGACGAUAGUGAUAUCGAAAAUUUAUACUCAAUUCUUCCUGAAGAAGAGAAUAUACAGGAAGAGCCUAAUAAACAAUCUGACGUAAUGACUAAUAAAAAAAAAAAUAUAUAUCUUGAUUCAAAGAGAACAAAUUAUACGGACUCAUUAAACUCUACAUCAAAAAAGUCGAAAGUGGAUAGAAGUAACGUAAUAUGUGAAAAAGAAUUAGAGUUAGCAAAUAUUAAGAUCAAUCAUGAAAUCGAAAUAUGUCAAUUAAGAAAGGAACGUGAAGAGUUCAUAAAUGAAUUAACAGUUAGAAAAUUAUUAUUAGAGGAAAAAGAAUUAAAAGAGCGAGUAAAAUUAGCGAAGUUUCAAGCUCAAAAAGAGAUGGGCCCUAAUUAUUUUUCAGAUGAUGACAAGUAAAAAUUGUUUGCCACGUGAUGGAUUCGCCGCAUUCGUGUCGAGACUCAUUGCAUUCGCGUAGCAGCGACGGUUCGUUAGAUGGUUUAUGGAAGAAGUCUCGAAGGAACAAACUGAAACCUCGGGCCGAAGCGAAGAGGGAUCAUUUGUGCGCUGGAAGCAGUUCCGACGAAGACUGUCGCAAUCUCAUGCACGCAAGACUGGUGCGUCCUCCGGCAUUAUCCUGGCCGCGUCAUAAUUUAUGCGAACAACGGUGCGCGGCGAUCCCCGGCGUUGCCCCCAUCGAUCAUCUUUGUAUCUGCUGAAGACUUCAGGAGAGGAGGUGGCAUCUCGAGGCUGCAGCGCCGAGGUUGCAUCCGACUCGUACGAACGAGCUGUGGCGCGGCGCAUUACGCGCACACCUCCUCCAGAGGCCUAUUACGGCCGGUGAAGCACCGCGCGCGCGACUUUCUUCCCAAUUCCUCUGCACUCUGCAUUCCGCCGUAGAUCGCGCGCUCGUUAGCUACGGUCUCCGCGCGGAUGCGCCUCCACUGAAUCCCUCCGUGUUUUACCACCAACAAGGUAGAAUGCCUGGGUUUCGCGAUCGCAUGCACGCCGGGCGCGUACCACUUUAAUGGAAAGUAUGUCAACCGCUCGCGCUCGCGAGAGGAGAGGAUGGGUCCGCGAUCAGAUUAUCCGAUAAUAAUAUCGGAUAAGCGUCUUUGUUGGCGGCAGCGUCCGGGCGAGAGCAAUUACGUGUGUUACGUUUAGGCGCGAGCCUCGUCAUCGAGAGCGUCGGAGGAUGUCGGCGAGAGUAUACUCUCGAUCGGAGAUUCUUCGAUCGGCGUGCAAUCAUUUAUCCUCGCUCGGUAGCUCGAAGAUGUAGAUAACAGUUUAGUUUAGAUGUAAAUAACAGUUUAGUUUCAGUUAUUUGAUAAAUUAAAUUUACGCGAAAGAUGCAAGAAUGAGGUCAACGUUUUAUUCUUUUUCGAUUUCAACGAAAAUUUGAGAUUUAUUACUGAAGUAUUCAAUUUAUUAUGAUGCAUCUUAAGUCUUGCGUUUUAUUUUGAUUUUUUUAUUUAUAUAUGUUUGAAAUUUAUAUAAAAUUAUUUAAAUUUCGGUUGAAAUUAUAGAGUACAAAUUUUCCUUUAAAAAUCCAGAGAGACAGACUGUGAUUUUAGACUUCAACAGAAAUUCGAGACUGAAUAAGUAAUACUAAUAAAUAAGUAAUAGUAAUAAGUAAUAUUUAGUAUAGUAAUAAGUA